AUGCUGCGACUCGCUUCGUCCGCGUUUCGCCAAAGCGUCUUCCGCACCUACGCCAAGGACAUACGCUUCGGCUCCGACAGCAGAAAGGCGAUGCUCGUCGGCGUGGAUCUGUUGGCCGACGCUGUCGGCGUGACGAUGGGACCGAAAGGGCGCAACGUCGUCAUCGAGCAAUCUUGGGGCAGCCCGAAGAUCACCAAGGACGGUGUCACCGUCGCCAAGGCCAUCGAUCUCGAGGACAAGUACCAAAAUCUCGGUGCCAAGCUGAUCCAGGACGUCGCCAACAAGGCCAACGAGGAAGCCGGUGAUGGAACCACUUGCGCCACCGUUCUUGCCCGCGCUAUCGCCAAGGAGAGCUUCGACAACAUCAACAAGGGUGUAAACCCGGUCGAAAUUCGCCGAGGGGUCAUGACCGCUGUUGAGCUCGUCGUCGCCGAACUGAAGAAGAUGAGCAAGCAGGUGACCACACCCGAAGAAAUUGCCCAAGUUGCCACGAUCUCUGCCAACGGUGACCACGUCGUUGGAGAGCUCAUCUCGACGGCCAUGAAGCAGGUUGGCAACAAGGGCGUCAUCACGGUCAAGGAUGGGAAGACGUUGACGGACGAAUUGGAGCUGAUCGAGGGCAUGAAGUUCGACCGAGGCUACAUCUCACCUUACUUCAUUAACACCGCCAAGGGAGCCAAGGUUGAAUACGAGAAGGCUUACCUGCUGCUCUCUGAAAAGAAGAUCUCACAAGUCCAAGACAUCGUGCCCGCCCUUGAACUCGCCAACAAGCACCGCCGUCCUAUUGUCAUAAUCGCUGAAGACGUUGAUGGAGAAGCCCUCACCACGCUUGUUUUGAACAGACUAAAGGUUGGCCUCAACGUCGUUGCCGUGAAGGCUCCAGGCUUUGGCGACAACCGCAAGAAUACUCUUCGCGACAUCGCUAUCGCCACGGGCGGAACAGUCUUCGGGGAUGAUUCGAAUUUGGUCAAGCUCGAGGAGAUCCAGCUCAGCGACUUCGGAGAGGCAGAAGAAGUCUCGAUCACCAAGGACGAUACUCUCAUCCUGCGCGGCAAGGGCAGCCAGGUCGACAUCGACAAGCGCGUCGAGCAGAUCGCCGACGAGAUCGAGCAGAGCACAUCCGAAUACGAGAAGGAGAAGCUAAACGAGCGCCUCGCCAAGCUUUCGAAGGGAGUGGCGGUGCUGAAGAUCGGAGGCUCUUCCGAGGUCGAGGUCGGCGAGAAGAAGGACCGCGUCACUGAUGCCCUCUGCGCUACCCGAGCAGCCGUCGAAGAAGGAAUCGUGCCCGGCGGUGGCGUCGCUUUGCUUCGCACCCUGAAGGCGUUGGAUCAGUUCAAGGCGCCCAACGAGGACCAACAGCGCGGUGUCGAUAUCGUGAAGAAGGCCAUCCGUCAACCCAUCUCAACCAUCGUCCGCAACGCCGGCAUCGAGCCCUCGUCGAUUGUCGAGAAGGUGCUGUCGAACGACCAGCUCGCGUAUGGAUACGACGCGCUCAACGACAAAUUCGUCGAUAUGUUCAAGGCUGGCAUCAUUGAUCCGACGAAGGUGGUGCGUACGGCUCUUCAAGACGCCGCAGGCGUCGCCUCGCUGUUGGCCACCACUGAAUGCGUCGUGACCGAGAUCCCCAAGAAGGAAGCGCCAGCAGCCGCCGGUGGUAUGGGAGGCAUGGGCGGAAUGGGCGGCGGCAUGUUC